AUGAAGAUACCCGAUCUAGAUCCCGCCGUCCACCUGCAUGCCAUAAAGGCCGAACUCCGACCUGAAAAAUUCAGAGAAACAAUUGCGGUAACAAAGCCGAAGACAUUGGAACAAUUCCGAGAGAGGGCGGCAGGACAGAUGGAGAUCGAAGAACCCCGUGAAGCUGAAAAAAUGGAGAAAAAACAACCAAAGAGAGAAGACGACAGGGCCACAAGGUCUGCAAAUGUCAAAGACCCCAGGAAGCCCUUCAGGCUAACCCCAAAGUUUGACAACUACACCAAGUUCAACACAAAGAGGGAAAAAAUAAUCAAAGAAAUAUUCAACGCUAAAAUCAUAAAACCACCAGCAAGAGCUGGGAGCUAUCAAGAUCAGAGAUUCGUCGACAAGAGCAAGCACUGUGCCUUCCACCAAAAGUACGGCCACACAACCGAUGAAUGCGUGAUAGCCAAAGACCUAUUGAAAAGAUUGGCCCGGCAAGGCCUCCUAGACAAGUACAUCGAAGGAAGAAAACAUAAAGAAGGCGAUAGAGAAGAACGCCAACAGACCCCAGGAAGCAAAGAAACCAAUAAAUGGUCAAACAACACGCCACCUAAGGGGGUCAUAAACACCAUAUCAGGAGGAUUCGCCGGGGGAGGAGAAACAACUUCGGCAAGAAAGUGUAGUUACCGCUCAAUGCUAGCAAUAAAAGGAACAACACCAUGUAGCAACAAGGAUGCCUCAGACCUAGAAAUCACUUUCAACCAGGGAGAUAUAUGCUCGGCCGCACCACACUCAGACGAUCCAGUGGUAAUUUCUAUCCAAACAGGUGACUUAUUGGUAAGAAAAGUCCUUCUCGACCCAUGUAGUAGUGCCGAUGUUCUGUUUUAUACUACUUUUUUGAAAAUGAAAAUAUCCGAAAAACUCAUACAACCUUCCUCCAGAGAAUUAGUCGGAUUCUCUGGAGAAAGAGUGCCAAUCAAGGGUUACAUAUGGUUGAGGACAAUGAUGGGAAACCACCCAUUGUCACGGACCAUUGACAUACAAUAUCUUAUAGUUGAUUGCCCUAGCCCUUAUAAUAUUAUCCUUGGAAGACCUGCCCUGAACAUGUUCAGGGCAGUAGUUUCAACUUUUCAUCUAUGUGUCAAAUUCCAGGCACAGGAUGGAGAGAUAGCGACACUCCACUCAGAUCAUCAACAAGCUCGGCAAUGCUACAAUGCAAGCCUAAAAAGGUCGGCUCCAAGAAUAGAGUUCCAACAAGAAGUCAAAGCAAUUCAUAACACAAGUGAGGUACUGUCUCUAGCAGAGCUGGACCCUCGUGAGGACACCCAAGAAAUGCCUCAACCAGCAGACGAACUACAGGAAGUCCAGCUAACGGCGAAACCAGAACAAGUCACAUAUAUUGGUCAAGCACUACAGGAAAAAGAAAGAUCCGAGCUCAUAAAAGUAUUACAAGAUAACGCUGACCUAUUUGCCUGGACUCCAGCAGACAUGCCAGGAAUAGAUCCAAACAUUAUCUGCCAUAAGCUCGCCACUGACAAAACAAGCUGA